AUGAAAUUAAUACAUUUUAUUAGCAUUAUUUUUAUAUUUUCUAUUAUGUUUUUAGAAAAUUUUAGUCAUGAUUUAAAAAAGCCAACCGUUUUAAUAAUUAUUUUAGUACGUAAUAAAGCACAUACAUUACCGUAUUUCUUGACCUUUUUGGAACGAUUGACUUAUCCAAAGAAACGAAUACAUCUCUGGAUACAUAGUGAUAAUAAUAUUGAUAACUCAAUUGAAAUAUUAUCUACAUGGUUAAAUAAUGAAAGUAAUAAAUACCAUGGAGUUCAAAUAAAUUUUGAUGAAAACUCAAAAGGAUUUGACGAUGAGAAUGGAAUUACAAAUUGGUCGGCGCAAAGAUUUUUGCAUGUGAUAAAUUUGCGCGAAGAAGCGCUUAAGGCGGGAAGAAAUAUAUGGGCAGAUUUCAUUUGGAUGCUCGAUGCGGAUGUUUUUUUAACAAAUCCAAAUACUCUUGAUGAAUUAAUCUUAAAGAAUCAAAUUGUAAUUGCUCCAUUGUUAAAAUCUGAUGGCUUAUAUAGCAAUUUUUGGGCAGGAAUGACUAGUGAUUAUUACUAUUUAAGAACAAAAGAAUAUGAACCAAUUUUGUUUCGAGAAAAAAAAGGAUGUUUUAAUGUACCUAUGAUUCAUAGUGCGGUUCUUAUAAAUUUAAGAAAGCAGCUUUCGGAUUUUUUGACAUAUAAUCCAAAAAAAUUAUAUCAAUACAACGGUCCUAUUGACGAUAUAAUAACUUUUGCUGUUGGUGCUAAUAAAACUGGUGUGCCAUUAUUUAUUUGUAACGAUAAUAUUUAUGGAUUUAUUAUGGUUCCAUUAGAAGAAGAAGAAACGAUCGCCGAAGAUUUACAAAGACUGACUAAUAUCAAAACAGAAAUAUUAUCUGAUAAUAAUGAUCUUCCAUUGUCAAUAUAUCUCGAAAAAUUUGUACAAUAUCCUGAUGAUAUAUUACAAGUGGAUAAUAUUUAUAUGAUAAAUCUUUUGAGAAGGCCAGAAAGACGUAACAGGAUGCACAAACUUUUUAAAGAACUUGGAAUUCGAGUGGAAACACAUGAUGCUGUUGAUGGUAGGGCGUUAAAUCAAUCUAUUCUCGAAAAAAUGGGAAUAAAAAUAAUGUCAGAAUAUACUGAUCCCUAUCAUGAUCGACCAAUGACUAUGGGUGAAAUUGGUUGUUUUUUGAGUCAUUAUAAUAUUUGGAAUAAGGUAAUAGAAAAUAAUUUCAAAAGUGUCAUUAUCUUAGAAGAUGAUGUUCGGUUUGAACCAUUUUUUUGUCAAAAGUUAAAUUAUAUUUUAACAGAAUUAAAGAAUCUUCAUUUAGAAUGGGAUUUAGUUUAUCUAGGAAGAAAAAGAUUAGCAGAAAAUGCAGAACCUUGGAUUGAUGAAUCAAAAUAUUUAGUACAUGCUGCUUAUAGUUACUGGACAUUAGGAUAUAUUUUAUCUGCAAGUGGUGCAAGGAAAUUAAUUGAAGCAAUGCCAUUAAAGCAAUUAAUACCUGUUGAUGAAUAUCUUCCUAUAUUAUCUGAUGUUCAUCCUAGGGAAGAUUGGAAAAUAUACUAUCCAAAACGAAAUUUAGUUAUACUUUCUGCAAAUCCUCUAUUAAUUUAUCCAACACAUUAUACAGGUGAACAAGGAUAUGUAAGUGAUACAGAAAAUUCUACAAUUAUAUUUGAUCAUCAAAAUAUAAAUAAAUCAAAACGAGAAGAUUUAUGAAUAAAGAUAAAGUGCCAUAAACAAAGAAAUGAGAGAUAUUUGACAAUUUAAAUUUUUUCUUUAAUGAAAGAAUUUACUUUCCAUGACAACAUUUAUAAUUAUUUACAUCAUACUAUAUUACAAAAUACAUUAUAUCAUAGAAUUUU